AUGUCUUUUCAAAACAAAAAUUUAUACGACUUGUUGGGUAACGAUGUCGAGGAAGACAAUGCCGCUGCCAACCUUCCAAUCAAGGAGGUUGUAAAGAAGAACAUUUCUUCAAAGAAGACUGACGUUCCUCCACCAUCAGCAGACCCAGCCAAAGCCAAAAAGAAAUCCAAGCCAACUGGUAACGAAGGUGCUUUGAAAACCAAAAACAGCAACAAGGAUGUUCCUCCACCACAAUCAACUGCUACCAAACACCAAAAGAAACCAUUUGACCGUCACUCAAGAACAGGUAAGACUGACUCCAACAAAAAGAUCAAACAAGGUUGGGGUAACUCAGAGUCCAGAGAAUUGGAAGGUGAAGCUGAAGGAACCGAAGACGCUGAAGCUGACUUGGUAGAAGAGGCUGAAGAGGAAGUGGACACUUCUCCAAAGAAGUCUCUCCAAGAAUACCUCGCCGAGCAAGAGCAAAAGCAAAGGGAAUUGGACGGAGCUAAGAAAUUGAGAAAGGCCAAUGAAGGUGCUGAACAAAAAUGGAACUCAGAAGAGAAGAUUGAAAAGACUCAAGAAGCUUACUAUGCUGCUUCUCAUCAAAAGAAGUCCAAAGCAAAGGCUCCAAAAGAAAAGGUCUUUUUGGAAAUUGAUGCCGUUUUUGCUGAUGAGCAACCACAAGCACCUAGAGGUGGUUUCAGAGGUGGAAAGAGAGGAGGAUCCAGAGGUAACAGCAGAGGUAACAGUAGAGGUAACAACAGAGGUGGCCUCAGAGGUGGAAAAUCUUACAACGAAAGAGAUUUCCCAUCCUUGUGA